GUUAAUUAUGAAUUAUUGGAAGACUUUCCUGCUUGGUUACGCGGUUGCGAAAUGGAUAAAUAUGCUUCUUUAUUUGAAGGAAAGCGAUGGCAAGAUAUUGUAAAAAUGAAAUAUAAAGAUUUAAGAGAAUUAGGAGUUGAUCAUCAUGAAUCCGCAUGGCAAUUACAAUCAAACUUUUGGAUUGUUAACUGCGAUCUUGCUGCGAAAAAAGGAAAAACAUUACCUUAUAAAGGAGGCGUUGAUAGAAUAAAUAUUGAUUUGGAAUUAUUAAAUGGUAUUGCAUUACACGUGUUAGGUCGCACUAUUAAUAUGGAACAAUAUGCGCCUCUAUUCGCAGGAAAAAAUUGGAAAGAAAUUAUUGACAUGGAUCAUAAAGAUUUGAAAGCUUUGAAGAUUGAAUCCGUCAGUCACAGAAUAGAUAUGUAUCAUACUAAAAGAGUUAAUAAAUGCGUUUUGAUUCCAUCUAAAAAAAGAACAAAAAUUCCUGACAUGAUUUCUGAAUUCGAAGAUCCAAAGGAAGAAGUCGUUCAACAAAACGA